AUGGCAGAAGAGCCCCAACCGCCAAACGUCCACGAAGGCGCUUCAGACCCUGCUCCCCCGGAGAAAAUCAGCGCCGAGGACCGCAAAGCAGCCGCCGCGCUUUCGUCGCUGGAUGCACGCGGCGAGGAUGACGAUGCGCCGGCCGGGAAGAAGGAGGUCGAUACCGAGGCGCUGGGGAAGGCGAUGAGGGGGCUGGAUGUUAAGGAGGAGGGGAAGAAGGAGGAGGUGAAAAGGAAGGUUGUUAAGGUGGAUCAGGGGGAUGUGGCACUUUUUGUCGAGCAAUUGGAGCUGUCGAAGGCGAAAGCUACGGAGCUGUUGAAGGCGCAUGAGGGGGAUGCAGUCAAGGCCAUGUCUGCGUUUGUCACGGCAUCGGCAUAA